AUGCGUUUCACUACCCCUCUGUCUGCCAUCACUCUCAUGGUGGCCAGUGUCAAGGCGGCUGAGAACCCCAUCAUUGGCCUCGUCGACCGGAUUACAUCCAUCUCCCAAGACUUUGACAACGUCCUCGAAGAUCCCAACCCUGUGAGAAUUAUAGAAACACUGCCGCAUCUAGCCUAUGACGGAGCCAACUUGGUUGCGACCAUUGUCUCGGACGUUACGGGCUGGAAGAAUCCGCUCGACAAUGACGAUCAGCUCAAGACGUGUGCCACUCUCAAAAAGUUUGCAACUACGGAGGAGAAGCUCUUGACAGCCAUUCUCAAUGAUGUAGUCAAGGUCGCCACUCUCCCACUUCCUAUCGGAGGGCUAAUUGGUCUGGUUGCGUCGGCUCUCAAGGAGGCUGUUGAUGGGAUCUUUGGGUUUUCUGUGAAAAUCGCGCCGGUGUGCAGCGACGCUGCGAACAAGGAUAAGGCCGCUCUCACCGACCUUAUCGCCAACAUCAAGACGGCGAUCUAG